GCUUGUACGUGUAUGGAUUUAUCUAUAAAACGGGAUAACAACUUCAUAACUUUACAUGCAUCACCAUACUCACAAAUCUUGAGAACAAAUACAUAUAUACAUAUAAUUAGAAUAUAUAGCAGUCUUAGUUCAAUUCCGAGCUAAGUAUAUUGAGCAAUUAAAAAUGGAUGUCAACUCAAGAAGGCAAGUCUCUGAUGAAGUUUACUCAAAUGAUGGUCAAAGGAAGCCCAACAAAUACGGACUAGUUCAUUUUGAAGGCUGCGAGAGGAGGAACUUCACCCGGCUCUACCCUCACACAGACGGCUCAGAUAGGUACUUGGUGAGCAUAGAAAGGGUGGUUCGGGUCAUCCGAUCCGAACCACCCGAAAUUAACCAUUCGUCGGCUCCGGCCCCGUCCCUGGAGGAGGCUGACGACGAUAGCCUUGAGACGGUAAAAAAGUUCUACGACCAACUCAGUUGGGAACAAGACGAAUACCGCAGGCCGAAACCCGCCGCCAUUACGAAUGGCCUGCCAACGCACGCCAACAACCCCCAGCUGCCGCCACAGCAGCAGCUGACGGCAGCUAAACCCAUCACCCCCGCCGCGAGGAGUGAUCCUGCCGCAGGAAGAUCGAGAAGGCCACUACUGAGCGAUGGAUGGCAGAAGAGAUAUCCGAAACCGACGGACGGGCCGAUCAUUACCCCGAAAGAGCAAGAUGCUGACCAUGUGGUGGCUAAGCUAAUGGAGGAGUUCAAUAAGAAUAGGAGCAGCGGGUUUAUUAGCUAUAAUAGAGAGAUGAUCCCUAACCCUAACCCUAACCCUAACCCUCCUCCCCAAGAGAUGGUGAGGUACUACAAGCAAGGAGUGUCAACGGGUGAGUGGAAUAGUCAACGGAAGGCUCCAGUCAUAAUGGACAGCAAUGAGGCCCUCACUAAGUUCGCUGGUGCCUACAAGGAAUCCAACUAUAUACGAUAGUAUGAUGGAUUUAAACAUAUCUUUAACUUCUAAUUUAAAGUUUUACUUGCAAAAAUACAUAUUCCGGACGAGUUAACUUGCAAAAAUCAUUUGACGACCUUCCCGAUUGAGUUUUUGGCUGAAUUUUUGUGUGGAUAAACUAGACUUGACGGAGAACAUGCCAUAAAAAUUUCAUCAAAAAAUGUCACCGGGAAGGCGGCCAAACGCCACCGUCCGGACGGCGGUUCCUGUCCGGAAUUCCGGACAUGAAUAAAAUUCUAUAUAUAUAUAUAUAGAGAAAA